CGCGGGCCGGGCGAGCGACAGGGCCGCGCGGCACCAUGGCGAUCGCGCACCUGGCCACGGAGUACGUGUUCUCGGACUUCCUGCUGCAGGAGCCGGCCGAGCCCAAGUUCAAGGGGCUGCGGCUGGAGCUGGCGCUGGACAAGAUGGUGGCGUGCGUGGGCGUGGGGCUGCCGCUGCUGCUCGUGUCGCUCGCCUUCGCGCAGGAGAUCUCCAUCGGUGCCCAGAUCAGCUGCUUCGCCCCGAGCUCCUUCUCCUGGCGCCAGGCUGCCUAUGUGGACUCGUACUGCUGGGCGGCCCUGCAGCAGGGGGAGCCCCUGCACGGAGACAUGGGGAGCCUGCCCCUGUGGUUGCACAAGUUCUUCCCCUACAUGUUGCUGCUCGUGGCCAUCCUGCUGUACCUGCCAUCCCUCUUCUGGCGCUUUGCGGCCGCGCCUCACCUCUCCUCCGACCUCAAGUUCAUCAUGGAGGAGCUGGACAAGGUGUACAACCGGGCCAUCAAGGCCGCCAAGAGUGCGCGGGGCCUGGACACACGGGACGGCGUCUGUGUGGAGCCUGUGGGCCAGAGCCUAUGGGAGAUCUCAGAGAACCACUUCAAAUACCCGAUCGUGGAGCAGUACCUGAAGACCAAGGGGAACUCGAGGCGCCUCAUAGGCAUCUACCUUUGCUGCCGCCUGCUGGUGCUGGCCACGGUGCUGCUGGCCGCCAGCUGCCUGGGCUACUACUGCCGCCUGCCGGCCCUCACCGACGAGUUCGCCUGCCGCCUGCACUCGGGGCUCCUGGCUAACACCACCGGCGUGCCCGAGCGGGUACAGUGCAAGCUGGUGGCGGUGAGUGUGUUCCGCGUGCUGAGCCUGGUGCACCUGGUGGCGUAUGCCCUGCUGGCGCCCGUGGUGCUUUACACGCUGCUGGUACCGCUGCGGCCCCGCGCCGACGUGCUCAAGGUCUAUGAGAUCCUGCCCACCUUCGACGUGCUGCACUUCCAGGCCCAGGGGUACACCGACCUGAGCCUGUACGGGCUCUUCCUGGAGGAGAACGUGAGCGAGCUGCAGUCCUACAAGUGCCUGAAGGUGCUGGAGAGCAUCAAGGCCAGCGGGCAGGGCGUCGACCCCAUGCUGCUGCUCACCAACCUAGGCCUCAUCAAGAUGGACGUGCUGGACGGCCGGGCCCGGCCUUCAACCACGGGGCCAGCCGGUGAUGGGCUGGGCAACGGCAUGCCCGGGACCACAGAUGAGAUUCAGGCCAGUAACGAGAACAACACGCGUCAGAGGCUUCUCAACAGCUCCUGAGACCCCAACUUCCCCAGCCAUGGGGAAUCCAGGAGUGCACAGGCCUGCCCCCUCGGCUGUGCACGGCAGGCACGUGUCCCCUUGCACCCUGGCUGGAAGCAGAGACGAGGCUGGGCAUGUGCAGGGCAACCUGGGCCCUUGAAAGAGGGUUCAGCAUCCAUCCAUGGCCAUAGCUUCCUGGCCCUCACACUUGGGCCCGCUGCAUGGUCACCAGUGGAGCCCACAGUCCUGGACCACGUCUACCUGAUCAGUCAGAUCCAGAUUCUGUGGCAUACAAAGACUCGAGUCUUUCAGAAAACAGCUCCUGCUCCUGGUACUUCCGGCCUCAACGCCACUGAGGUCUGCAGCUGGUGCAUUAAGUUAUUUCGCGGUGGGUGAUAUUUAUUUUGUGCUGGCUCCUAGGGGCUCUGCAGCGGCACUAAGAUAUCCCACCAUCUCUCUGUAGCCCGGGAC